AUGAAUAAUAAUCAGCUUAACAGCAUCUCAGAUGAUGCUUUCGAAGACAUCCUACAAACUCUAGAAGACUUGGAUCUUUCUUAUAAUAAUCUUAAAAGCAUUCCAUGGGAUGCUAUUAGACGGAUGAUUAACCUCCAUCAGCUAAGUUUGGACCACAAUCUAAUUUAUUAUAUAACAGAAGGCACAUUUCAGGAUUUGCAUAAAUUGGCCAGAUUAGAUUUAACAUCUAACAGACUACAGAAGCUACCUCCAGAUCCAAUAUUUGCAAGGUCCCAAAUAUCAAUGACAUCUGCAACCCCUUUUUUGCCCCCAUUGUCACUCAGUUUUGGAGGAAACCCCCUACACUGUAAUUGUGAGCUGCUCUGGCUAAGGAGACUUGAGCGAGAAGAUGAUAUGGAAACAUGUGCAUCACCCUCUCCUCUUAAAGGAAGAUAUUUUUGGUAUGUACGAGAAGAGGAAUUUAUCUGUGAACCACCCUUGAUUACUCAACACACCCAAAAGCUCUUGGUUCUGGAAGGACAAACUGCUUCACUAAAAUGCAAGGCUGUUGGAGAUCCUGCUCCAGUCAUACACUGGGUUGCACCUGAUGGACGCCUUAUCGGGAAUUCCUCUAGGACAGCUGUCUAUGAGAAUGGCACUUUAGAUAUCCUUAUAACCACGUCUAAGGAUUAUGGAACUUUUACUUGCAUUGCAGCAAACGCUGCAGGAGAAUUAACGGCACCAGUUGAAUUGUCAAUCAUUCAGUUACCGCAUCUUAGCAAUGGUACUGUUCGUGCACCUCCGCCAAAAUCAGUGCUCUCUGAAAUCACUAGCUCUAGCAAAUCCAACCGAGGAGAAGUCAAGCCUCCACCAGAGAGGGCUGUUGUGGUUUCAGAGGUGACAACUACCUCAGCUAUGGUCAAAUGGUCAGUGAGCAAAGCUGCUCCGAAGGUCAAAAUGUACCAACUGCAAUACAACUGCUCAGAUGAUGAUGUUCUCAUUUACAGGUAA